AUGGUAAUAAAUACUGAUCUGGAAGUAUAUAACUGUAGCAAGACAUUUGGGAAUCCAUCAGAUGUGACAUUUAUUGUAACAUGCUUACUUACUGUGAUUGCAAAGGAUAUUGAAGUUAGUAAUCCGAAUACUCACCCAACAAAUACAUGCUUGCUAAGUUUUUUUGGGAUAUUGUUGAGUUUCAUUACAGGUAUUACAAGAAUCUACAAUGUCCAUGCAACUUUUGAUCAAAUUCUUCUUGGGUGGGAAUUGGGGAUUGUGAUUGGACUGAUCUUACAUUAUUGUAUUAGAAAUUAGUUCAUUAAGCAUGUUGAUGAACUUCUAGAAUCUACAUUGUUAAGAUAUAAGCUCUAUGAUUAACUCGUGAUUUCUACUGCUCUUUUUAUGGUAUUUUAUGGGAUGCUGAUCUCUGCAUAUCAAUAUUAAAAGCUGGUAUUCAAUGAACCAUAAGCUUGGCAAACUAAUUUUACUAGAAUAUGUGGGAAUCAGAAGGUAAAUCGCUGGGAUAUGGCUGCACAAGAUCUAAUGAAUGGCAGCAUGCUAGCACUUGCUUAUGGUUCUUAUCUAGGCAUUCUGUUUUACAGUUAAUUCUUGGGCUAUAAUAUAUCCAAGUCUGAGAUUAGUGUGCCAUCAACUAUUAGAGUUGUGAUAAGCUCGUUCUUGGUUAUGAUAUUUGUUGUGCCAAUCGGAUUAUUGCCAAACAUUAGUGAUUUCAGAUUAGCAGCAACAUUCUAUUAUUUGAUACCUUCAUUUGCUUUUGGAUUUGUUGUGUUUGGAGUAAUGGAUAAAAUAUACUCAUUAAGGUUGAAAUCAUUAUUUGAGCAUCACAUAUAAAAAUACGAUUUGGUACUAAGAAAUUAAUAGAAAUAGCAAUAAGGCUAAGUAUAAUUACAAGAAUCACUACAAGUUGAAUUAAUUCAAUUGGUUAUACUUAAAUGA